CGGCGCGGUCCCGGCUUCGCCGAGCCUUCAGGAGGCCGCGGGUUCCCGGCAUGGGGCUGCUGACCGAGCUGGCCCGCGGGCUGGUGCGGGGCGCCGACCGCAUGUCCCCGUUCACCAGCAAGCGCGGCCCCCGGAGCUACAACAGAGGCCGAGGGGCCAAGAAGCUGGGCGUGCUCACCUCCAGCAAGAAGUUCAUCCUCAUCAAGGAGAUGGUGCCCGAGUUCGUCGUCCCCGACCUGGAGGGCUUCAAGCUCAAGCCCUACGUCUCGUACCGUGCCCCCGAGGGCUCCGAGCUGCCUAUGACAGCCAAGCAGCUCUUCACCGAGGUGGUGGCUCCCCGCAUCGAGAAGGACGUGAAGGAGGGCACUUUUGACCCCAACAACUUGGAGAAGUACGGCUUCGAGCCGACACAGGAGGGCAAGCUCUUCCAGCUCUUCCCCAAGAACUACGUGCGGUAGGGAGCAAACAGCAGGGCUCCCAGGGCCACGCAUCACCACUGUGUGAGAUGCGGCCUGCGCCAGCAAACGCGGGACGGUUUCUGUCGCUGGCAAUGAAAAGCAAAUCCUUCCAUUUACGUCUUUCUGCAAUGUUUGAUUUAAAUUGCCGUAGGGAAAUUGGCGGUUAAUUGCCCACUCGUGACUAAGGAAAGUGUUACUUGUAUCUUGCACCGCGCUUGUAGCCGUGUGGUGUAAGCCUGCAGGCACCCUGCUCUUGAGAAGAACUGAUUGACCAGGCGCAGCUAAUUAUCAGGAGGCAGUUUCUCUCCGGGUCGCUAAAACAUCAUUCCUUCCUUCUGGGAAGGAAUUCCUGUCAUUUGGGAACAAAGGAGGGCAUGUCUUACCUCCUUGGGAGACUCUGGAGUCUCCCGGCUGCGGAGAGCAGGCCACUGCAAGCCGAACAGCGUCCCCUCAUCAGAGCACUACCGCCACGUGCACGGACCUGCAGCCGCAGUCAAAGAGGGAACCCGCUGACAGAUUUACCCCCAACCCCAGUGAAGUGUUCCGCUAAACCGGGAGUGAGACUGCCAACGGGCAAAACCAAGUCCAUACCCUGAACUCUCCGAGAACUGUAGCUUGUGUUGAAUGCCACAAUUUCUCCAGACUUCCCCAAGCCUUAAAGCUACUUUCUUUCAGAGUAAGUCAAAAUACAGUUAAUAGGUACAUUUAACAUCUGUUCCUUAGUGCAGCUGCUUGAAGUGACAAGGUAACUGUUUAAAUUGGAUUGUUAUUUUUGGACACAUUCCUAGAAGAGCAGUGUCUUGCUGUUCAUCAAAUUAAAUGGAUACAAGUGACACUUCCGUAGAUGGUCCUGUGCAACUGUUUAAAGU